AUUUUGUUCUUUUCUUGCUCUUUUAAAGUGACUUAGCUUCUGAUUUAGCCAACUAAUUGACCAAACCCAGGCUUUCCUGAACUUCCUCUUCAUGACUUUUGUACCUACUUUAUUUCUCCUUGCUGCUGCCCCCUUUCUUCAUGAAGCCUUCUCUGAAUCCCUACCCCACACCCAUCACCACCAUCAAGUAGGUAUGAGUUUAUUUUUUCUUUUUUUUACUAACUUUUUAUUUUAUUUUAUUGAUUCAUUGUGAGAUAUAGUUACAAGCUUUCAUGUUUGAGUUACAAUCACACAUUGAUCAAACACCCAUCCUUCCAUCAGUUCACAUUCUUUACAAUACCUGAUACAGGUGUCUGCAAUUAUGUCAACCUCACAAACUGUACUGUGACAUUCUUGAGAGUGAGACUCUGAUCUUUCUUAAGCAUGAAUAAAAGUGGCAGACCUUUGGUGCUUCUUGGCCAGGUUUCCAUAGGAAUUACUCUUUUGUUUGUUGGUUAGUUGACCUGUAAUUGGGAAAUCAUAAGUGUCGGUUGAUUAAGGUUUGCCUGUUAACCUACUUUUCUUCUUGCUCUUUCUACAUUCUCCAGUGUUUAUGUAACAAUUGUCUUCUUGACUCAAAAGAUCGCUAGCUUGGAAGCAGAUUUUUUUCUGGGGAAUAACGAGUAGCCAAUCAAGUCUUGCUCUCAUUCUACCACUGUCUUGCUUGAGAAAACAGGAAACCAGAUCUCCAUUUAUUCCACAAACGGUUAUCUGGGUGACAAUCCUGUCCCAGACCCUGCUUGAGCCAAACAUUAGAAAAAUAGAAAUGGUAUGUUCUUACCUUCUCUGUAUUGCUCUAUGGAGUAUCUUCUAGACUUUUUUGAUUCAUCCAUCUGAAAGUAAAAGUGAAGCAGAGUAGAGACCUGAUACGUUAGUGGACUCGGAAUUCUUACCUUUGUGAAAUGUCUUUGUCCUGAAACUCACUGUAUCUUUGCUUUUCUGUAAGAAGCCAGGUCUGCUUAUCUUGCCUCUUGCCCUCCUCCACUGAAAAUUCAGAGAAUUUUAUCAUUUGUGUCCAAAAGUCCCAAGAAGCGUACUGAAAACCACAGCAAACCAGGGAAGUGGGCAUAGAAGGAGGAGAAAGAGGUGACCUGUCAGGUGGCUAUCUAGGUUACUAGUGUUAUGGGUAACAGACAUACUUCCUCAUAAUAAACCAAAAAAAUUUUCUAAACUUAACUCUGAAGAAUCACCUUAGUCUUUCCAGGGAUGCCCAAACCAAGGUAAUGGGUUGAGAAGAGGACAAAGUCCUGCUCAUUUAUCUGGAAAAUGAUAGGAAUCAAUAUUUUCUUGUACUUGCAUGGCACUUGAUACCAUUUUUUGCACUCUCUUUGCUUGCAGUCCUUUAACUUUAAUUUAAAAUAUUAUCAUUCAUUAUUCAAGGCUUUAUGUUAAACACACUGUUUUUUUCUUUAUAAUACUCCCACAAAUUCAAGUGUAUUAACAUUUUUGUGAUUUAGUUAUUUUUAAUGUCAGUUUCAUCAUUAUGCUAUAAAUUUCAUGAAGGAGGAGCCCAUCCACUUUCUUCCUCACCAAGCCAUCAGUACCUACAAGAAUGCCUCAAAAAUAGUAGUCACCCAAUGGAUAACUACAGAAAAAACAAGAUGGAGGUCUGGGAUCCAGAGUGAACUUCAGUGAAUCUUCAGUUUUGUAAAAUGAACAUAAUAGUUGUAUAGUAGACAUGAGCUGAGCUAAAGAAACAGUAUUACCAGGAAAUACACAAAGUCUACUGUAUAUCAGACUCAUGUGCUAAGCACUUAUCCUCAAAACAACCCUAAGGAGUACGAACUACUAUCAUCCCAUUUCCCAGAUGGGGAAAAUGGUGCAUAACGGUCCAUCAACUUGUAAUUGCCAGGGCUGAGAUUUAAAUCCCAGUUCCCUGCUCUGCUGUCCAUGCCUCUAACCACUGUAGCACCUUACAACAGUGAGUGUUCAAACUGAGAGCUAGAGAGAUGGAAUGACUUUCAAAGUUGUUAUGGGAAGGACAUGGUAGAGCUGGAACUGUUCUUUAGGAGAAGAACUCAGGCCGGCUCUCAGCAAUGCAUCUGCCAUUCAAUCCAUCUGCAUUGGAUCUGGCCAUUGAUAGAAUUCCUGAGAACAGAAGCAUAGGAAGUAUCUUUUGCCUAUGUAAAAUCCCUGUUGAACAAGGUGGCUCACAGGAACUAAGAAGAACCACGGUCACUAGGACAGAAGCAAGAAUGAGUUUGAACGAUUAAGAAAGAAUGAGUCCUUUCUUAAUCAAGAAAAGACUUUGUAUGACUUUUCAGAGGUUUUACUUGGGUCUCAAGCGAUUUUCUUUACCUGCACCUAAUUGAUCAUGGAUUCAAAUAGACAUAUACAUACAGAUCCAUUAUAAAGCCAUUUUCUGUCUCACUGCAGUUGAGCACACAUGGAGAAUAGAUAUCUUAGGGAGACUUGAUAAUGCAAUCUGAAAUCUGAACUUGUGUAGGAAGAUGAGGUGGGGCAGAGAACAUGGACAGAUGGAGGAAAGGUCAGGUGAAACCUAAAAUCUCUAGCAACAAAACUGGCUCAGUGAUUAGAAAUUAGAGCAUAACACUUGCGAUCAGCUCAGCUUUAGAAGUGCUUGCCUUCUGUUUGAGCUUUUUGACACAACAGAACGACACAACUGUCAUGGCCUUCUCCAAACUGGAUCUUCAGGAGGGUCUCCGGACCCUCUCAGUUAUGCAGUGGAUCCCACUCUACAUAAUUUUAGGACUUAUACCUAUUCUCCUGAUACCCUUCUAUCUGAUGUUCACUAAGUACUGGGUGUUGUCUUUGCUCCCCUUAGUCUGGCUUGCCUAUGAUUGGGACACCCACAUUCAAGGUGGUAGGCGUUCAGCUUGGGUAAGAAACUGGACCCUCUGGAAGUAUUUCCAAAGUUACUUCCCAGUAAAGCUGGUGAAGACCCAUGAUCUCUCACCUGAUCACAACUAUGUCAUUGUGAACCACCCCCAUGGCAUUUUCUCUCAUGGUGUCUUCAUCAACUUUGCCACUGAGGCCACUGGCGUUUCUAAGAUUUUUCCAGACAUCACCCCAUCUUUAGGGACCUUGGAGGGGCUCUUCUGGAUCCCAAUUGUGCGAGAAUAUGUGAUGGCAGUGGGAGUGCGCCCAGUGUGUGAGUCAUCCUUGAGGUAUUUUCUGACCUGCAAAAACUCAGGCAAUGCUGUGAUUGUUGUGGUGGGUGGAGCUGCUGAAGCUCUCUUGUGCCGACCUGGAGCAUCUACCAUCGUCCUUAAAAAUCGCAAAGGUUUUGUGAAGUUGGCACUGAAAACAGGAGCAUAUCUUGUCCCUUCCUAUUCCUUUGGUGAGAAUGAAGUUUUCAAUCAAGAGACUUUCCCUGAAGGCACGUGGAAAAGGUUUUUCCAAAAGAACUUUCAAGAUACAUUUAAAAAAAUCCUGGGACUAAAUUUCUGUACUUUCCAUGGCCGGGGUCUCACUCGAGGAUCCUGGGGCUUCCUGCCUUUCAAUCGACCCAUUACAACUGUUGUUGGGGAGCCCAUACCAGUACCAAGGAUUAAGGAUCCGGACAAGAAGACUGUGGACAAAUACCAUACACUCUAUAUCAGUGCCCUGCAAAAGCUAUUUGAUGAACACAAAGUCCACUAUGGUAUCCCAGAGACCCAGGAACUGACAAUCAUGUAA